CUUCCCUGACCAAAUACCCUCAAUAUACCUAUCAGCAACUUAUCAACGCCAAAAUAACUUCCGAUACGUCGUAGCGAUCAAUGACAAACUCCCACUUACCCACUACCUAUGGAGCAGGUGUUCGCACAGCCCCGUCUACUAGCAAUCAAUUGACAGCGAGUGAGCGAGAUCUACUUCAGUCAGAUACACCUGGUUAUGGCCAUCGAAGUUUCAUAGAAGUGGCUUUCAAUCUGGUCAAUGCUACGUUGGGCGCCGGGAUCAUUGGUUUAGCCUAUGCUGUUCUAAGUUGUGGAGUGGUGCUCGGCACCAUUGUAGCGCUGGUCGUUGCAUUCAUGACCUACAUAUCAUUAUAUAUGAUGGUUCUGGUUGGCAAAAAGAACCAUCUUUACCAAGUUGCUCAAUUAGCUCAAUUUGCCGUGGGAAAGCACGGCUUUCAUAUGUACAAUUUCUUUGUGUUCUUUCAAUUGUUAGGCGUCACAACCAGUUAUUUCAUAUUAAUCGGUGACUCGAUCCCGGUAUUGUUUGAACAAUACUUCCCAGACAUUCCGCUCCUUGCCAACCGCGCCUUUAUUAUUUCUGUUGUAUCCUGGGUUUUCAUUUUCCCUUUGCACCUGUCUCGCUCCAUAGGGACAAUCGCCAAUUGGUCCAUUGUUUCUGUAUUACUCCUUCCAGUCAUUCUCCUUACUGUCAUAAUUCGGUGCCCUGCGUAUGCAUCUCAACAUUCCUCGCCGGUCACUGUUGUAGGUCCCGAUGUGUUUGGAUCGCUAGGUAUCAUGGCGUUUGCCUUCGGAUGCGCUCAGGUUGCCUUCAGUAACUUUCUAUCAUUGAAAGAUCAAUCAGCCAAAUCCUGGAGCAAAACCACUGCCACCGCAACCUCGCUUUCUCUGAUACUCGCCCUUGGCUUUGGGUACAUUGGAUACUUCACAUUUGGCGUUGAUGUACAGGCCAACAUGUUCCUCAACUUUUCGCCCACCGAUCCAAUUAUUAACAUUGGAAGAUUUGCCUUGGCUAUCAGUUUGGUCUUGACCAUACCUACUGCAUUUUAUCCGGCCCGCGAAGCUCUUCAAAUGAUGCUUGGAUUCGAUUCUCGCCAACAACGACCAACCAACCUGCAGCAUCUCCUCUUGACCUUCUCGCUCUUUGCUGUCAUGGUCACGCUGGGUAUGAACGUUCGCAGUUUGGGCAAGGUGUACGGAAUUGUUGGAGGCGUGACGGCCACCAUGCUGAACUAUAUGAUGCCCGGGUGCGCCUACCUUCGAGCAUUUGCCUUCAGGAGAUGGACCAAGGCCGAUAGUGAAGAAAGCUCCCAAGCUUUGUUACAGAACGACGAGGAUGAAGAUGGACACAGCCUUUUCCUCGAGAUAGUUGCCAUUGGUUUGCUAAUUGUAGGCGCCUUUGUCAUGGUCGUUUCUGUAUAUUGCGUUGUAAGAAAUUAGAGAAUCCAUACAAUUGUACAUACCCCAAAUGGUAUUGUUUUCCCCCACCCAUUUCGUAGCGAUAUACCCCCUCCAUUAACGUAGAAUAGGAAUUAUUUGCAUUGUGUACCUUACCAGCUGUCGUAACAGCACGCAAUAACAAUGACGCAUAAACACGUUUUCUAUUUAACCAA